UUGAUAAGCGGGGGCAACCUGUGAACACGGAUCCCAGAGAGUUGGAAAGAUGGCGCACAAAAUGCUUGGUUAUGUGACAGUUUUUGUUGUGUUAGCGGCAGCAGCACUGGUCAUAGAACGAGCAGAAGCUGAAUCAUACACAGUUGGUGAUGAUCUUGGUUGGACCAACAUUGUUGAUUCCAACACAUAUUCUUCCUGGGCUGCUAAUCACACCUUCAAAGUUGGCGACACUCUAGUGUUCCAGUUCUUAACUGGACGACAUGAUGUAGCCACACUUACAAAGAAAGCGUAUGAUGAAUGCAGCACCACCGAUCUCUUGGGCGUACUAAACCAAGGACCUGCCAGUUACAACCUCAACGAAACCGGCGAUUACUACUUCAUCUGCACCAUCUCCGGCCACUGUAACGAUGGUCAGAAGUUGAGCAUCAAAGUGACAGCUAGCCCUGCCCCACCACCUUCUCAUGGCCCUGCCAAACCUCCUUCUCAUGGCCCCGCCCAACCACCUUCCCAUAGCCCUGCCCCUCCUCCGUCUGACACUACGGCUCCUGUGUCGCCACCAACCACAACGCCUCCUCUUCCUUCUGACACUGAGACUCCUACGUCACCACCAACCACGACGGCGCCUCCUCCUUCUGACGCUUCUUCCCUUGCUUCUACUUUUUCUACUGUUUUCGUGUCCAUUCCCAUUGCUCUUUUCUACCUCUUCUAGUACUCGUGUUCUUGAGUAUCGAGUGUUAAUUUUAUCUCAACAUUGUGAGUCCAAUGCUUCAUGCUGUAUUCUCAACAAGACUUCCAUCGAUCCAAAAUUCAUGAUAAUUUUAAUUUGAUC